GAAAUACUUCGGUAUAUUUUUGUUUUUAUUUAGAAAUCAAGUUGUUACAUUAAAUGAUUUAAUGCUUUUAAGUAAUGACAUCAAGGACAAGAACGUCAAUACCUUCUGCAGAAAGUGUCGGAUCUCCACCAAGAUUUGGCCUGCAGGGUCAUGCUUUAAGCUGGACAGAUGAUUUACCAGUAUGUCAUUUUUCUGGUGUAGGUUUCUCCACCAAUCAGAUUUACAGAGAAGAUGGAGAAAGAAGAGAAGAGCAUGACUUUGAAGAUAAGAGUUUUCAUUUUAAAUCUGAUGAUGAGUGUUAUCUCUAUGGUGUGUUUGAUGGUCAUAAUGGAAAUAAAGUCUCUAAUUUUGCUGCUCAAAGGAUGCCAGCUGAACUUUUAUUGGGUCAGUUACAGGGCAAGGCAACUGAUCACGAAAUAAAAGAAGUUUUAAAGCAGGCAUUUGCUGCUGUAGAGCAAGGUUGUUUUGAAUCUAUGGAUGACUUGUUAGCUCAAAAAGCAACAUGUCAAAUGGAAUUGCCUGAGGGACUGUCAGACUUUGAUGCCUACCAGAAGUAUCCUGAAAUAAUGAACAAAUUGCAUGCAUUAGAAACCCAGAUAUCGGGUGGAACAACUGCUUGUGUUGUUCUUAUAUAUAAUAAUAAACUAUAUGUAGCUAAUGUGGGGGAUACUAGAGCUCUGUUAUGCACUACAAGUAAUGGUGUUCUUAAAGUCAUGCAGCUGUCACAUGAUCAUACUCUAGCAGAUGAACAAGAACAAAUCCGAUUGGUUAAUUUGGGUCUAGAUGUAGAGAAACUAAAGCAAUUACGUAAACUGGGAACAUCAGAUAACACUAGAUGUAUUGGUGAUUAUCACGUUAAAGGGGGAUAUAAAGAUAUAGACAUUUUAAGUGCUGCUAUACGCGAACCUGUGAUAGCUGAACCCUAUCUUGAUGGUGGAAUAGCACUUGAUGAUUCCUGUUCUUUCUUGAUCAUAAUGUCUGAUGGGUUAUACCAGUCCCUAGAGGAUGCUUUCCAGUGUGAGCGAGUUAAUGUUGAAAUAGCAACCAUGGUAGCGGAGGAGUUCCCCAUUCAAACAACUUUAAAUGGAGUUGCUCAAGCAGUAGUAGAUAGAGUUGUGCGGAAACACCAUGACGCGUACAUGACGGGACAUGAUCGAUUAAAACUAGUGUGCCAAAAACGAGAUGAUAUAACAUUGAUGAUUAGAAACUUUAAUUAUCCGUUAGCGGGCACUGCUACCAGUCCAACUAUGACACGUGCGAAUCAUGUUUCAGUACCUUAUAAUAAUAGACCUUCAAAUUUACCACCCAUCCUCCAUAUACCCGGUCGAGGAACCCCUCCGUCAUAUCACACUAAUAAUGGAUAUAAUAGUACAAAUGAAUCAUCUCCUAUUACUCCUACAAAUGCAGGAUUGGAACCCUAUGGUAACAAUAAUGAUACACAGCGUACUAAUACUAGCGGUACAUAUUCAACCGAAUCGACAGAAAGUAGUGAGGAUAGACCGUUAUUUAAUCAAGAAUUUAAUGCACCGAAACUUGAACUGGAUAAAGAUGGACGAGUGGGGGCUUAUAUCGAUUUUACAGACUUUUACAAAGCGAUUGAUGAACUUUCUGAUGCGCAACAAGAAUCAUUAAAUGAUGAUAUGAAACCUAAGUCUGGUUAUGAACCUAUAAAAGAAGAAUCUGAAAGUCCAUCGAGUCCUGAACACUGAAAACUAGUUUGUAAUUUAUUAACUGUAAGAGAAUACAUGGUUGAAUGUACCAGAAACGGAUUCUUUCAAUCCCUUGAAAAGGUGUCAAUCACAUAAACACUAGUGUUUUGAUUGACAGGUUUGCACCAACUGAUAAUAAUUUAUCAAUCACCAUAGCUGAAAGGCUUGAUUAUGUCAUAAUUCUGUUUGCUCCACAUCUGUUUUUGGGACUAGUAGAAAUGUGACAGGACUUGAUUCUGGGCCACUUGAUUGCAAUACCAUCAAUUCAGUAUGAUGGCAAUCGAGCAAACCCUGUGUGUAGCUAUAUGCUGUGUUUAGGGUGCCUCACUAUAAAUAAAUAUCUCCAAAUAUCUUGACAAUUACAACACAAUAUUUAUAUAUAUACACCAAGCCUUAAUUCAGCUUCGCACAUUUAUAGUCACUAAAUAAACAGUCAUGUUGUACUGAAUAAGAUAUGACCAUUUAACUAUCCAUAAAUAAUAGUCUGAAAAAUGGUUAUGAUUGUUGGCCAUAACAUCCAGGCACUUUUGAGUAAAAAAUAGGUUACAUGCUCUUGUUUUGAAAUUAGUCUCACUUAACCAGUUUACCGACCAUUCUUCGUCUGAUUGACAAGCCAAGAUAAUCAAGACUGCUUUUUUACGAAACAUAACAGAAAGCUGGAACAAGAAAUUGAAUUUAGAAACAGACACGUUAGGCAACUCAACAAUUGUUUUAAGGACUCUGUAAAAGGAAAAUGAAACUACUGCUGUAGUACUACCGGACUUCUUUAUUUGUUGUGUUCCUUGUGAUCGUAAAUAAUACUACAGCAACAAUGAUUUCACAGCUUUAUUAGUAAACUGGAAAUAACUUCGCAGGUUCCUCGUUCUCAAAUAUAUAAUGACUGGUAAGAAUUUCUGGGUGAGCUCUAAUCUAGCUCUCUUCUACACCCUAAUUUAUACCCCCUACUUUCUCAGGUCUUCAAUAACCUUGACGUGAAUAUCCACGCCAUAUAAGGAAUAAAACUCUAUAUUUCCCACAAACAAGACAGGCAACAUUACCUAUUUUUGGUCAACCAACCAUAGGUCAAUAAACAGCUAGAAUUUGAUGACUAUUUUGACAAUGAUUAUAAUUUAACUAAAACAUCACUGUUUUUUACGAACAACUAUAACCACGUUCAUUUAAUACUUAUGAUUUGACUUUAUAGACCAAAUUGAAGAGACAAUUUUAUAAAGAGCCAAAAUUGUCUCAAGGGCCAUAGUGCUACACUGCUAGUAUCAUGUUCUUUUCUAACCCGAGUGUUUCACAGAUAUUAUUUGUACUAAACCAAAAGAUGCCACUCCUAACGGUAUAGUUAAUGAUAAAGCAAUUUAAAAAAUAAAACGAACAUAAUUUCUAAAGCUACUGUAAGAACCAAAAAGUUAAAUAUUACUGCUAUUCAGAAUCGUCAACAAUAGAUUUUUUUAUGGCUUUAAUAGUUAAUAGAUGUGUAGAGAAUUUCAUGUGUGAUGGCUAUUCAUAGACUCAUAGACUCUUGGGCUGAGUGUUAUCGCUCUGCGUGACUAGUCAGAAAUCACUUCGAGACAAGCCACUGUUGAGUUCAACUUUCAGUAGGGAAAACUGUCGCUGCAUGGGGCACCCUACCGUAUUUUUAUGUAGAGAUUACAUUGUCAAAGUGUAUUUAUGUGUGAUAUUAUUAUUGAAAAUCAGACAUUUGAUCUAAUUUUUGAUAAAGAGUAUUUGUCUGUAGAAAACUGCUAUAAUAAUACACUGUUUGAGAAAAGGAAAUUGUGAUAAAUAGUCAAAAAUGAGUUAUGCACAUAUCCAAAAUAAUAUGGUGAAUAAAGAAACAUUACAAUAAGUAUUUGUUUCUAGAGUAAACUAAUAGCUUUAUGUAUUAUGUUUGACAAAUUUUUGGUUGUAACAAAUUUUAUUAUGGGGUAUUUUGAUACACUCUGGGCCAUUAAUACAGUUUUCUGUUCUAAACAUUAACACAUUUAUUAUCAUCAUAUCAUGUUAGAAGACAUAAGAUUAUAAUGUUGUUUUCCACUUAAAUUUGAGAAAAAGGUAUGAGUUGUUUCAAUUAAUUAUCUUGUUCACUCACCAAAUGUAGUCUUGAUAAGCAAGACAUUCAAUUAGUCAGGAUAAACUAGACUAAAUAUUUAGCAAGUAUUGUCACAAGUGUAAAUGAUUAACAUGAAAAUGCCCUAAAAUGGUUUCAACCACAACUCUGACACUAGUUUGGUCGGAGGGUGGGGAGGGAGGUUGGCCGAAUCGUUAACGAGUGUACGUUGCAUCAUAAGGUCUGUCAUUGAAUCAGUGGUGUGGUUUUGAUUCAGCGCUUGUAUGUGACAAGGAGUAGGGUCGUCUGUCCAACCUCAUGGGUUUUCUCUGGUUCCUGUGGUUUCCUCCCACUGAUAAAGACCCCUACACGCAAAGGAAUUAAUGAAAUAAAAUUGAACCAUAUGUUAAUGUUUCAUAAUAGGCUAUCAUGUCAAGGGCAGUAUCAGUGACUGAUUGCUCAGUUGUGAAAUGUUGUAAUUAAAUCAUAAGUUAUAUUUAUGGAGAUGAUGAUAAAGGUUGAUUAAGCCUUUGUUGCCUUUUAAACCUUAAUUGUUUUAUAAUCUUAUUACUUAUCAUUUAAGUUUUAUAAUAAAUAUUCAAUCAAUGUG